CAGAAAAGGAAGGAAGUGAGACUAGACACUUCCCGUCAUUGCUUAUAGACCGGAAGUCAGGAACUUAGUUCUCUUUCCCAUCUUGCAAGAUGGCGGGCGAAAAAACUGAGAAGCCAGAUGCUAAAGAGAAGAAACCCGAAGCCAAGAAGGCUGUUGCCGCUGGCACUGCUAAAAAAGCAAAUGUGAAAAAGGCUAAAAAAUCCAAGAAGGGACAGGAUACCAGAUUUCAGAGCAGCGCAAGGUCGAUCAGAAAGCAGUGGACUCGCAGAUUUUACCAAAAAUCAAAGCCGUUCCUCAGCUCCGGGGCUACCUGCGAUCUGUUUUUGCUCUGACAAAUGGAAUUUACCCUCACAAAUUAGUGUUCUAAAUUUCUUACUAAGAACCUAAUUAAAUAACUGAUACAUUUUC